UGACUUUUUAUUUUUUUUCCACUCUCUGCUUUCUCUCUUCGAUCCGUGAAGGUGUUCCGUGGUAUGGUGUGAAUAAAAAUUGGAAUAUCUCAUAAUUUCCAGUGUCCCGUGCCGUGAAAAUCCGAUCAAUCGACAGCCCAUACGCCAGAGUAUCGGAAAAGUGUGCGGAACCAACAUCGAAGAGGUUUUACUACAUAACUAGCAGAGAGAAAGACAGAGACAGGCAGUUAGCGUAUAAGCAAAUAGGAAGGAAGAAAAGAGAGCACCAGAUCGAGAGUUUUGCAGACGACGACGACGACGACGAGCCCCACAGCAAAGCAGAGUCCCAUUUUAUAUCGAUUGCGCACAAGUCACAGCUUAGCAUAAAACUAUCCCGAAAGCAGCAGCAGCAGCCAUUUUUGCCACAGUACCUGGUUUAGUAAACGAAUCAAACGACCAAUAAAAUGCAGUUCCAAGGCACAGCACAACCGCACCAGGGUGGCUUCCGCGGACCGCGUCCGGAAAAGAACGACUUUUACGUUGGCCAGCCGGGCACCAAGCCGCCGCACUUCAUGAACAAGCAGGGCCCUCCCUCGAUUCCGCCGUUCAACGCGAACGCGUUCGGUGGACCGAAGCCGAUGUACCAGCAGAAUGCGAUCAACGGUGUCGGACCGGGUGGAUUUAACAAGUUCGGCGGUGGCGGCAACCGUGCUUUCGGCGGCCAGCCGGGAACCAUGCCCAAGAAGGACUUUGGUGGACCGAAGAUGUACGGACCGGGUGGCAGCAAGCCGUACGGUGACGACAAGCCGUUCGACACGUUCGGCGGCCCCAAGAAGUACCCGACCACGAACCCGGGAAUGGGUGGCGGCUACGGCAUGGGCAAUCGCAACGGGUACGGCGGUAUGCGCUCGGACUACAACGGGUUCAACAAGGACGACCGGGCGAAGAUCCAGUCGCUGAAGGCCAAGUACCCGGGCCAGAACCUGAUGAAGCCAAUGUGGGAAAAUCUGGAACCGUUCCAGAAGGAUUUCUACGUGCCGCACCCGAGCGUGAUGGGCCGGGCGGCCGAGGAGGUGCAGACGUUCCGCGAGCAGAUGCAGAUCACGGUCAUGGGCAACAACGUGCCGCACCCAUGCCAGAACUUUGAGGAGGGCAACUUCCCGGAGUACGUGAUGACGGAAAUCAAGAAGCAGGGUUUCCCGCGCCCCACCGCCAUCCAGUCGCAGGGCUGGCCGAUUGCGCUGAGCGGCCGCGACAUGGUGGGCAUUGCGCAGACCGGUUCGGGCAAAACGCUCGCCUACAUGCUGCCCGGGUUGGUGCACAUCUCGCACCAGAAGCCGCUCAGCCGCGGCGAGGGACCGAUCGUGCUGGUGCUUGCACCAACGCGUGAGCUCGCGCAGCAGAUCCAAACCGUGGUGCGGGACUUUGGCAACCAUUCGAAGCCCAACAUUCGCUACACGUGCGUGUUUGGCGGAGCACUGAAGGGACCGCAGGUGCGUGAUUUGGAGCGCGGUGUUGAGGUAGUGAUUGCUACGCCCGGUCGUCUUAUUGAUUUCCUCGAGCGUGGCAUCACCAAUCUGCGCCGCUGCACAUACCUCGUGCUGGACGAGGCCGACCGGAUGCUGGACAUGGGCUUCGAGCCGCAGAUCCGCAAGAUCGUGGAGCAGAUUCGCCCUGAUCGGCAGGUGCUGAUGUGGUCCGCCACCUGGCCGAAGGAGGUACAGACGCUGGCGGAAGACUUCCUGCGCGAUUACAUCCAGAUCAACAUCGGCUCGCUCAGCCUGGCCGCGAACCACAACAUCCACCAGAUCGUGGACGUGUGCGAGGAGAACGAGAAGGAGGGCAAGCUGCUGAAGCUGCUGAAGGAAAUCGCCACCUCGGAUGCGACGAACAAGAUCAUCAUCUUCGUCGAGACGAAGAAGAAGGUGGACGAUCUGCUGAAGAACAUUGUGCGGGACGGAUACGGGGCUACGUCGAUCCACGGUGACAAGAGCCAGACGGAGCGUGACUACGUGCUGCAGGACUUCCGGCAUGGCAAGAGCACCAUCCUGGUGGCGACCGACGUCGCGGCUCGCGGGCUCGACGUGGAGGACGUCAAGUACGUGAUCAACUUUGACUAUCCGAACUCGUCGGAGGACUACAUCCAUCGUAUUGGGCGCACGGGACGCUGCUCGCAGUACGGCACUGCGUACACCUUCUUCACACCAAACAACGGACGCCAGGCGCGAGAGCUGCUCUCCGUGCUGGAGGAGGCCGGCCAGCAGCCGACGGUGGAGCUGGUCGAGAUGGCGAAGCAGGCACCGGGCGGCAAGGGCGGACGACUACGCUACUCGACGCAGACCGGCUACCGAGGCAGCAGCGGCAUGGGCAGCUACCAGCGCCGGCCGCCGUUCAACGGUGGCGGUGGAUUCGGCGGCCCGCCCAAGUACGGCGGUGGCAUGCAGGGCGGCAUGAUGGGCGGUAUGCAGAACAAGUUCGGUGGCGGCGGUAUGCAGAACAAGUUCCGCGAUAACGGCAUGUACCGCGGGGAGAACAACUGGAACAAGGGUCCGAAUGGGCCGGCAAUGAUGGGCGGCCCGGGUGGCUACCAGUCCCACUCGCCACAGUCGCCGCAGGCGGCCGCGGUCGCGUCCGGCCCGCAGAUGUACGAAGCGCAGCAGGCGCAGCUCCGCGCUGCCUACCACCCGAAGAACAUCUACCCGGGCCAGUUCGAUGACUACACGGCGCUGUUUGCGGGUGGUGCGACCGCGGCCGCACCGGGCGGUGGCAUGCGCUACUACCAGAACAAAGCACACCAGGGCGGUCCGGGAGCGAUGCAGCCCGGCUCGCAGCCCGGCGGCCGGUACAACCCGAACGGCGGCCAGUUCAACAUGGACGGCACGCCGAAGCCGCAAAACGGUCGCGGCACCUACCCGCCGAAGCAGUACAACAACAGCUACGCGGCCGGACCGGCCAACCCAAGCCAUCAGUAUCCGCAGCUGGCUGCGGCCGCUGCCGCGGCUGCCGCCGGCCAAACCAUUCCAACGGGUGCGCCGGCCGGAUUCACCGGAUUCGAUCCGACCGGGGGACUGCAGUACCAGGCUUCGUACCCGAUAACGGCGGCCACCGCCACCUACUAUCCGUACCCGGCGGCUACCGCUCCACCGCCACCACCGCAGGCCCAGGCGGCCCCAGUCGUGCCGCCAGUCCAGCAGUAAACUGCUGCUGCUGCUGCUGCCACCACACGCGUAACACCCUUCACGCAACAACAAGCACGAUCGGAGAGAGAAAGCAAGGUUAGUUUUUAGCAUCUUCCCUUAUUUAUCCAACCAUUUCUAAAUAGUACGUAGAAAAUCGAGCGGCUCGCGCGAGGCCGCAGCAACCGCAACACAUACAUGUUGAAUGUUUCGGUUUUUCGGUUUAGUAUCAGACGCGAAGAGGGCGAAGAAACUGUCGCGCGCGGUUAGGAGCAUAGAUUGGCCCACCCACCCGUCCGCCCAGAAAGUAGGUGGGACAUUUUUGACACACUUCCACCCAGGUAACGAAACGGAACAUGAUUAAUCUUCUCUACUGUUUAUUUUCCCUUAAUCACACACCAUAUCGGAAGAUACGAAACUUGCGUUGCCGAAACGUCUGAUCGCAGGAACAUAUUACUAUUAUUAACACUAUAUAACCUUUUUGCAAACGAUUGUAUGAGGAGCUAUUGGAAGAUGAUGAGAUACACAUUUGACUCGUGUACGCACGCGCUGCAACCAAGGAUUGAAUAGGGCCGCCAAGCAGAGCGAAGAAAGAUGAUAGGGCUUUGUGGAAGCGAGCAGAGCGGCGCACACACUGUAAGAGUGAACGGAAAAGCAGCAGCGAUCGCGGAGCGAGUAUAUACGAUAUACAAUUAGUUUUGAAUUUUUGCGUUUAUUCUUUCCUUAUUACAAGCAAAUAUAAUAAUCCUUAGAUGUAAUGAAACCAUACGAACGCCUGGUACACACGUGCGUAGGGCAAGCGUGCCCACCCGUACAACUACGCGGUUUGUUCGGCGUGGAGCAGGAACACUAUCAGACGCUGGCUCGUGGCUCGCGGCUGCUGCUCUGAUACACGUCGAACAUUCCGGUAGCUUUAGCAAGCAACUUUGUUAAACGAACGCUCAUUCGAAUUUCUACGAAUCACAUCCACACCGGUGCGUGGUGGGAUGGAAUUGUUGUCACACAAAGAACGAGGGAAAGAUAAGACUUCCAAGACAGGUGAACUCUCUAAUCCUAAAGCUGAUUGUUGAAGUGGAGAAAAGCAUUUUAGCAGAAAUGGGUGUUGGAAUGGAAAGUUCAAUCAUUCCCUUGCUUUUACUCUCUGGCUGCAUCGGGGGAGAGGAAAUGCGUAAAGUUUUUCCCUCGAAUCGCAAUUCUUAUUAUGCGCAGCGAGUUACUGGAAGACCAUUUUAUUUUAAAUCGAAACUGUAACGGAAAUCAAUUCGGACAUUGAACGCAGAUGCAGAAUUGUUCUAUUUUUCUGUUCUUUCGACAAUCGUUUGGUGUAUAUUAUAGCCAUUCCCAUUUAUUUACGCAGCCCGCAGUUACUACAUCAGAGGAAAACAGAACUGAAUCUCUUGAACCGUUAGUUUCGUGGUUAAUAAAUUGUUAACCAAAUGCCACAAUAAUACAGCGCAAUACGGCAAUUUGAAGGAUCAUAAUGUGACAAAUGGCAGGGAAGCACAUUAAUUUGGUUAGGUGAAAAGAGAUGGCGAGCCACAUUAGUUGCAAAAACUAGGGAAACAGCACAUCAGGCAGCUCAGUUCAUUUUUCACAGAUGUACUGGUGUGAUACCUGGUGGAGUUGUGGAAACAGCAGCGAGUAAAGCUGUGUUUGCAUUCUCCUGGGAAAUGUGUGGUUAUCAAAGCGUUUUUUUUUGACAACCAAAGAAACAAUUUAAAUUACAUUUCCUAACCAAUCCCUUGUUCAACCACAAAUCAAUACCCCACCUCCCGCAAUAGUUAAUCAGAUACAUUCCCUUACACUCCGACAAAGAAGUUGGCAUCGCCGCCUAGUAACAAAACACAUAUUCUACCUUCCAGUCAAGUACGUACCUGUAACGAAAAUGAUAGCUGGAUCGCUAAAGAAACCCUGCAAUAAUAUGCUGUUGCGUUGAUAUUGCGUACGAAAUCAGCAUAUGGGGAUGAUCCUACAUACACAAGGAAGAGGGAAUAUCCAAGGAAACCCAAAACGAGCAUGAUUAGAUAAACUGUACUUUUACGUUCUAUUGAUUGUUGAUAGAGUAACUAUUUUCUAAAAUCGGGCCGGACACACACAAGUAUUACACAAAGCGUACGUCCCUGUGCGCCUGUGUUACAGGUUCUCAUUUACAACGUAUUUGAAAAGAGGUCCCAUCAACUACGUUUGAACGGACAAACACACACACGCUUCUUAGCGACGCUUUCAAAGCCUCUCGCACAUUACUAUCUAGUCAGAACGAACGAACAGGAAUCCCCUGAACAAAGGGCAUAGGUUCUUAAGCGCGGUUCUCGCUCCCUAUAGCAAGAGCUAAUGCACCAAACGCGAGUGCAUACGAAUUUUGCGCCCUGGUGUGUGCCGGAAACCGCACGAACCUGUGAGGAACCUCUGGGAUCUUCCAAUGUUCUAGCAUGAAAAGGGCGGGGAGUCACCCCCGUCACUGCAAACAAAAUGCCUUCUGUAAACUGUGAUCGAAUCUCUCGUGUUCCUUAUUCAAUGCUACUCUCUCCGGACGAGCGCAGGACGACCCCAGGGACUUUUUGCUCACGGAGGCCAAAGUAAUAAAAAUGUAUGCUGUGUGAGAGCGAAACACAUGGACACACGCACACAUGGCGAGCAAAAAAUUGCGUAAAAGAAAAAUCUAUUCUGCUUUUUAGUAUUUGCUUUGAUCAAUGUACUGAUUCUGUUCAAAUGGCUAAAGGAAUAUCCAUUUUGUGCAGUUCUUAUUGAUGUUUAUACAAGUAUGCAAAAGAGACAAAUGUUGGAAAGUUGUGAAACUUUGAGCGCUCUACUGUAUUUAGCCAUUUAGUUGUAAAACAUCUUUUCUUUAAAGUAUUCCAGCGGCCUGUGAGCUAAACGUGUGUGUGUGUAGAUCGAAACGUCCUGCAUAAAUUGCAACAUAUUUUCCCGGACUGAGCAGAGAAACUCGGGAAAAGGAUGGACAAUUUAGAGAGCGCGAGAGAGCGUUGGCGCACGUUGUUCUGUCGAGGCAGAUUGAACCGGCAGACUGAAGCGAUUCGAAUACGCACUCUUUUUUAAGUAUACAAUGUGUAGGCUACAAUCCUAAUACGAAUGAACCCACCAACCCUUUGAUGCAGACGACGAUAGCAAAAACAAAAACACACACUGCAUUAAAAGCAACAUUCUCUUGCAUCGGACACAACCGUAACAGUUGCUGUCUCUUUACUGUCGGAGUAUGUAGAACAGCCGUUUUUGGCGACCUUUUGUGCAAACAGCUGAAAUAGUAGAAGCACAAGAAAGUCAUCCGUCAACAAAACGGAGGAAGAACCGACCGUGUAAUAUGAGCGGACACAACAAUCUACACCGGCUAGAGCGUGCACUGGGAAGAGACUGAAUGCAUUGUAAGCAAAGUACAGUGUAGUAACAACAGCUAGAAAGCGUAGAAGCUAAAUUAAUUUUUAUUUUUUCUUCCCCGUUGUCUGCACGAUGGGAGACGUUCACUUACGACACUUGGCAAAACGAAAUGCAUCAACCUCUAUCGGGGGUAGCAGCAGCUUGCUUGCCACUUUAAAAUAGUAAUGUAUGCUCGCCUCUCUUUUGGGAAAACGAGGAAAAAUGAUAAAACACACCAAGGCUAGAUUACGGGGCGGUUCUUAUUGUGUUUGUGUUAAACGUUAUGCAAACACACUUGGUUGAGGAAAUGAAAAAGAAAAACAGGGCCCCUAAAUAAUGAUCCACUCUGCCGUAAGAUUGUCGCUGUAGGAAGAAAAUCCAGCGUUACUAUUUGCAUACACUACUUCGUACAGUCGGGAUCAGAUCAAAUCUCUUUGCACUUGCCACAAACGUCUGUUGUAGAACAACACGAGACGGUGUUGCGUUUUGUGUACCAGUAUUUAUUUUCUACACAAACGCAUCGAACCCUUUUGGCUUGGUUUGGUUUAUUUUCCAACAAGAGCAAAACACUUUCAAACGAAUGCGUUUAAUGUUGGAAAAAUGACACAUAAAAACGCGGGAACCCUUACACGAAGAAUGCUUGAUUAAAUCCCCUAAAACAUGAAGCUUAGAGUGUAAUAUCUGAACCACAGGUAUUAGUAAUUGUCGCAACAAGUCGAAGCAUUGUGACAUGCUCGGAGAGGAAGAUAGGUAACAGGAAACAUUAGACAUUGAAGAAAAUUAGCCUGUUCGAUGAUAAUUUCAACAGCUCGUCGAAAUGUUACACAAACGAAGAGCAGCAACAUACUACAGCAAAGUAAGUUUAUUGAAAUUACUGAAUGUGUAACAACUGGAACAUAGAGUUUGAAAAUGCAACAGUCAAACAAUCCAACUGAAAGAGCGAAACAGAACGAACAAGCAAACACAUUCGAAGAGAGUAGAAUGAACAAGUCGUUUGAUAAAUUUGUAAAACCCUACUACAUGUGUAACGUACGUGCAUAAUUUGCUUAACCUUAUCUACCAACUAAGUAAGUGUGUUUGUGUAUGUGUGUGCGUGCUAUGAAGAAACGCAGCGUUAAUUAAGCAACUCUAAAGAGAAAAAGUUAAACCGCAGCAAAGAUUGCAACGUGAAUGAUAUAUUUUCCAACAAACACAACACAACUGGAAGGCAGGUCAAUGUUUAAAAAAAAGAAAGCUGGAAUAUAAAGUGUUUUCUUUUCGCUCAUUUGGCUGAAGCGCACACACUUUCACGUUUAAAGAGACAAUUUACUGGUAACCUCUUGUACUAUUAAUCGAGGUGUGGACCGCUUGUGACCGAGCUAAUGAUUAGUGUAUCGUUCCACACUCUCUCUAAAACUCGUUGGUAUUUGGGUAAAAAUGGAAUAUAAUCAAUAAAACACGUUGCGGCCAAUUGCUAAUUGAAAGCGAAGAUAACAAAAACGGCAACCACGAAAUAUUAAUGUCUUAGCUGCAACCAGCUAUCUAGCGUUAUAAUAAUAUAUGAUGUCUUUAAUGGAUUAAUCGAACAUGCGUCAAAGUUUACACAACAAAACACACUUUUUCUGCAAUCAAACGGAACCAAAUGAUUUUCAUCAUUGCUAUUAUGAACUUUUAAAAGCAUCGACGAUCGCGCAUGUGUAAGAACGAUCAUGAGCAUAGGAGAAAAGAGAAAUACUACCCAAAUGAACAGAACGGAAUAUUGAGAGCAAUCGAUUCUCUACGGAAAAAAAACAGUUGUCACUCAGUUUGGAGCGGAACGGAAAACGAAACAUCAGUUCUGAUCGAAUGGCAGCUUUGUAACCGAAUGAUGUGUUGUGUAUAACCGAUGAGACGAAUUUUUGUAUUCGGUGCAGUGCGUCUAAUCACAAAAGGGACAGCAAAAAAGACCUUCUGGCACGCGCGCCACCAUCAUUCACAUCCAUAUUAUUUUCUAUUGUUUUACAUCUCUACCACACCGAUUAUUGCACACACAGCAUGCGUAAAGUUAAGGGGUUGUUUUUAAUAGGAUAGGUUUUAAGUUAUUUUUCUGAAUUUUAGAAGCGAUCAUUCAACAUUAAACGAACUGGUGGAAAGAUAGACUCUUUGCUGGGUCCGAAAAAGCAUGGUUCAGAAUAAUGAGUCUCACAAUUUGAAACCAACACUAACGAGAAAAACAGGCAAAAGUUGUCGUACAGAGAGUUCUGUCCUCAAGAAUUUCAUCAAAACUACUACUACUGAUCAAAGCUGAAAGAAAACGAUAUAAUUCUUCAUGUGAUAUAGAGAAAAAAGAUGAAAAAAACAACGCGCUCUCGUCGCAGUGCAAGAAAGUUUAGUCAACUAUUAGAAACCCCUACGGAAAUUACAGAAACGGCACGACAUAUGGGCACUAUUAAUUUUGUAACGCAUUAUAUUGGUACACAGUUAGAGGAAAACGUCAUUGUCUCAUUUGUUGUUUGUAUCGUAAAAGCGCGUAAUUCAAACCGGAAAGUCUCGUUGAUUUAGCUUGAACACACACACUCACGCACUAGAGAAAAAUGAAAGCGUAGGGAAAAGAGAAAAACAACAAACGUUAGGACACGUUCGGGAAGCUGCAAAAGAGUGACGAACGCUGCAGAAAGAUAAUUGAUAAGCGGCGCAGAUUUGCCCUUUUCAACACUUACUUCAAUAAUGAGUGUGGUGGCUGUGUGUAUGUAUGUCUAUGCUCUGCUGGG